AUGGACCAGUUUGCGGACAUGUUCUCCUCCACCCCAUCUGGUCCAUCAGGAGAUCAAGACCCUUCUGGGAGUGGUGACAUUAUAGCCGAUAUGGGAGGUAGCUACAGCAAAAGACAGUGGAUUCUCCUGGCUGCAGGUUCUAAAGGUUGGGAAAACUACAGACAUCAGGCUAAUGUUUGUCAUGCUUAUCAAGUCGCUCGACAGAAUGGAAUUCCAGAUGAACAGAUAGUGGUGAUGAUGUACGAUGAUAUCGCUAAUGAUAAAGAAAAUCCUGUAUGUGGAAACAUCAUCAGUGUACCAAAUGGUCCAAAUGUUUACCCUGGGGUUCCAAAGGACUACACCGGAGAGGAGGUUUCAGCUGAAAACUUUCUGGCUGUACUACGUGGAGAUUCGUCUGCAGUUAAGAAUCCAGGUCCAAAAAAAGUAAUACAAAGUAGUCAGAAUGAUUCUAUCUUCAUCUACUUAUCAGACCACGGAGCUCAUGGGAUCUUUGGAUUUCCUCAUUCCACACUGUACGCACACGACCUCAUUAACACAGUAAAUACGAUGUCACGGAGUGGCCAGUUUUCAAAGAUGGUGAUUUAUAUGGAAUCGUGCCAUGCCGGAUCGAUGCUGGACAAGCUGUCAGACACAAACGUGUACUCAGUGGGUUCAUGCGGGCUUGAUGAAUAUGCUUACGCUUGGUUCUGGGAUAAAGAACGAAACACUUUCCUUGCUGAUGUCUUCACUACGUACUGGCUACACCACACAGAGACCGAAAACCUUAGCUCGACUUCAUUUGAAGAUCAGUUCAUCUACCUGAAGGAAAACGUCAGCAAGGCUGUGAGAAAGGAUGUGGGAAAGACUCAGACGCCAAGUAACUAUGGGUACAAGGGCAUGCUGAAGUUAAUGUUGAGUGAAUUUCUUGGAGAAUCCUGCGUCUCCGUCGGCGAGGCCUCCACGCCUCGACCCCUGAACGUUCAAGCAUGUGACGUCGUAGAAACUACAGAAGUUCCACUGAUCGUCCAAGAAAACAGGAUUAAAAACGAACAGGACGCAGAAAAAAGACAAGCGCUGCAAAGACAAUACGUUGAUCUUAAAGAAAAGAGGAAGACUAUGAAUGAAGCACUGCAGAAGAUUGCAGAGCGACUGGAAGCCCCACAAACUCUGAGGGAAAAAUGUGAGGUGACUCGUACGUACGAGCUCAAAGUCGUGGCUGAACAUUUUAAGAAUAAUCUCUUCAACUGGGAAAAGGAGCCGUUUGUUGUCACUCGUUCACACCUGCAGGUGUUAGUGAACCUGUGUGAGUGUGUGUUGGAGGUUCAGAGCAUCACCGCAGCCAUCUCUCAUGUGAGCCAGGAGAUUACGUUCUGA